AUGGCUGCAAGAUUGCUUCCGUUGGAGCUUAUCGACAAGUGCAUUGGGUCCAGGCUGUGGAUUAUCAUGAAGGGAGACAAGGAGCUUGUGGGCACCCUGAGAGGGUUCGACGACUACGUGAACAUGGUGCUGGACGACGUGACCGAGUACGAGGUUGAUGCCGACGGGACGAAGCGGAGGAUACAGCUCGAUCAGAUUUUGCUAAACGGGAACAACGUGGCGAUGCUGGUUCCAGGGGGGAGCCCGGAAGAUACAUAA